UCAAAAUCUAUCCAACAUUCGUUACCUUGAUAUAGGGAACUAUGGGCUACAUGCAGACAAUCUCAACUGGAUUGCUCAUCUUCGUGCUUUGGAAUAUCUUAACUUGGGUGGAAUCGACCUCAGUAGGGAAGUUGAUUGGGUUCGAGAGGACCUAUUUCCACUGUCCUUUGCCAAAAGGAAAAUAACCAAAAUACAUUAGAACUUUUGGAUGCUUCAUAUAACCUUCUGUCGGGUAAACUUCCUCAUUGUUGGAUGAAUUGGCAAUCCUUGAUCCAUGUCAACUUGGGAAACAACAAUUUGUCUGGUGAAAUUCCCAUCUCAAUGGGUUCUUUAUCCAAGCUUCAAUCGUUGCAGUUGCAUAACAAUAAGUUACUUGGAUGUAUACCUUCAUCAUUGAAGAAUUGUCAAUUUUUGGGUCUCAUGAAUUUGGGUGGAAAUGAAUUGACAGGAACUGUACCAAGUUGGUUGGGACAUAUUACAAAUCUGUCAAUUCUCAGCUUAAAUUCAAAUAGAUUUACUGAUAGCAUUUCACCGGAUAUAUGCCACCUUUCUUCUCUUAUAAUACUUGAUCUUGGCAAUAAUAACCUAGUUGGAUGCAUUCCAGAAUGCCUUAGUCAUAUCACUGAGAUGGUUGCCACAAGUAAAUUAAACUUUGGCACUUUUAUUUAUUACGGUAAAAAAACAUAUGAGGAAGGACUUUCAUUGGUCACAAAAGGAAGGAAAUGGGAGUACAAAGAGAUCCUAUCACUUGUCAGGAGUAUAGAUCUUUCAAGUAACAACUUGUCUGGAUCAAUUCCUUCUGAAAUAUCAAGUCUUGCAGGAUUACACUUUUUGAAUUUAUCUCAUAAUCAAUUCGUUGGAAAGUUGCCGGAGAAACUUGGAAAUAUGAAAAUGUUAGAGUCUCUUGAUGUCUCAAGAAACCAUCUUUCGGGUGAAAUUCCUCAAAGCAUCUCAACCUUGACAUCUCUUAGUGACUUGAACUUGUCGUUCAACAACUUGUCUAGAAGGGUCCCUACAAGCACUCAACUCCAAAGCUUUAAUGAAUCUAGAUUCACGGGCAAUCCAAGACUUUGUGGGGCUCCUCUCAAGAUAAAUUGCACUGAUCAACAUAACUAUCCAAAAACAACAUUUGCAAUUCGUAAAGAUGUUAAAGAGUCUGAGAUGUUUUGGUUUUAUAUUAGCAUGAUACUUGGAUUCAUCAUUGGUUUUUGGGGAGUUUGUGGGACUCUUUUAUUGAAGAAAAUUUGGAGACAUGCUUAUUUUCAGUUUGUUGAUAACAUAAAGAACCACAUGUAUGUCAUCGCAAUUCUAACAAUGAAUUGGAUGCAUAGAAAAUUUGAGAGGUCAAUUGAUAGAGAUUGAAUGAUGUUAUCUUUCUUAAUGUAUUGCUUGAAGUGAUUUUAAUAAAAUUCUAGCAAAAAAUAAAAUAAAAAUACUCUUAUUGCUCGCAUUUACUGUAAAUCAAUUUGCCUAUUUUGGUUUCUUUAGAAUAGGAAAAAAGAGAACUAAAUACUAUCUUGAAGCUCAACGAAAGUUUCCC